AUGGCAGCGGAGGUGGCAGUUCCCAGCGCGGUGAUGAUGGAAGGAGGGAGUUCGUGGGGCUAUGUAAUGUUGCUCUAUGUUUAUCUUCAACUCUCGCGAAUCAUUGUUGUGGGGAGUUUGUAUCCCUUUUUACAAUACUUUGGCUAUGGUAUUACAUGGAAAGAGUCCAUAAUUCUUAUCUGGUCAGGAUUGAGAGGGACUGUUGCAUUGGCUUUGUCACUUUCUGUUAAACGUGACAGUGACAACUUGAAUCAAACAAUUCUCACACAAGAGAUAGGGAUCCUGUUUCUAUUCUUUACUGGCGGGGUUGUUUUGUUGACAUUAAUUGUGAAUGGAUCAACUGUACAAUUCUUGCUUCAUUAUCUAGGCAUGGAUAAGCUCUCGACAGAAAAGAUUCGCGUACUAAACUAUGCAAGAUAUGAAAUGCGGAACAAGGCCUUAGAAUCUUUUGGUGAUUUUAGAGAUGAUGAAGAACUUGGGCCUGCUGAUUGGCCCACUAUCAUUAGGCAUAUCACAUGCUUAAAUAACUUGGAUGAAGGUCAAAUACACCCCCAUAAUGUUGGGGAGGGUGAGUCUUACUUGCAGACAAUGAACCUGAGGGACAUUCGUGUGCGUUUUCUGAAUGGUGUUCAGGCUGCUUAUUGGGGAAUGCUUGAUGAGGGAAGAAUAACACAGUUUACAGCAAACCUCUUGAUGCAGUCUGUCGAUGAAGCUAUGGAUUUGGUAGCAAGUGCUCCUCUAUCUGAUUGGAAGGGUUUAAAAUCCAGUGUUCAUUUCCCAAAGUAUUAUAGAUUCCUUCAUAUGAGAAGAUUUCCACGGAGGCUGGUCACAUAUUUCACCGUGGAACGGUUGGAGUCUGCAUGCUAUAUAUGUGCAGCUUUUCUUCGUGCCCAUAGAAUGGCCAGGAGGCAACUUCAUGAUUUUCUUGGUGAGAGUGUAAUUGCUACUGCUGUCAUCAAUGAAAGCAAUGAAGAAGGUGAGGAAGCUAGAAAAUUUUUGGAAGAUGUUCGCUUAGCAUUUCCCCAGGUCCUCCGUGUUGUCAAGACAAGACAAGUAACAUAUUCUAUACUGAAACAUCUGAGUGAAUAUGUGCAAAAUCUUGAGGAAGUUGGACUACUGGAAGACAAGGAGACUUUUCAUCUAUAUGAUGCUCUGCAGACUGACCUCAAAAAGCUCCUAAGAAAUCCACCUAUGGUUGAAAUGCCGAAAAUCGGUGAGCUGUUAAGUUCCCAUCCUUUGCUUGGCGCAUUACCCUCUAAUAUCCGUGAGCCUCUUGAAAAUUCAACCAAGGAAACAAUAAAACUACAUGGUGUAAACUUGUAUAAAGAGGGUUUGAAGCCCACUGGAAUAUGGCUCAUAUCAAUUGGAGUAGUUAAGUGGACCAGUAAGAAGUUGACAAACGAGCAUGCAUUGCAUCCAACCUUCUCACAUGGAACUACUUUGGGAUUAUACGAAGUGCUAAUUGGAAAGCCAUAUAUUUGUGACAUGGUUACUGACUCUGUUGUCCAUUGUUUUUUCAUUGACUCUGAAAAGAUACUCUCACUACUAAGAUCAGAUCCAGCUAUUGAAGAUUUUCUUUGGCAGGAAAGUGUUAUAGUUGUUGCUAAAACCAUACUUCCACAAAUAUUUGAGAAAAUGACAAUGCAAGAAUUGAGGAGUCUUAUUGCUGAAAGAUCAAGGAUGAACGUAUACAUAAGAGGAGAAGUAGUAGAAAUCAGACCAAGGUCUGUUGGUUUUUUAUUAGAUGGGUUUCUAAAGACUCAAGAUUCAACUGAACAGUUGAUAACAUCCCCAGCUGCAUUACUUCCCUUAAACGUGGAACAAAGCUCUAUUGGUUUAGAGUCAUCAGGCGUGAACAAUCUCAGCUUUUGUCAUUCUGCCUCUGGCUAUCAGGUAGAAACAAGGGCUAGGAUGAUCUUUUUUGACCUUGCUAUGUCAGAGACUGAGGUUUCUCUUUCAAAGAGAACUGCUUCAUGGAUUUCUCAAUCUGGUGAACCCCAUAGAACUCUAAGUAAGGAGCAUGUCGGUUUGCUCAGCUGGCCAGAGAAUUUGUUCAAGGGGAGAGGAGAUCAUCAGAAUCCUAAAGAAUCCGCCAAGCAAACAACUAGUUUAUCAGCCCGAGCAAUGGAACUAAGCAUUUACGGGAGCUUGGCCAAUAUCCCAAGAAGCCAUUGCAGAAAUGACCUGUUGGGUUCAUCAGUGAAUCAUUCACUCAGCCUGUCACACCCUAGCAUUCCAUUGCGAUUGGUAAACGAUACCAGAACUCUUGUGUCUGUUCAAUCAGAGGGCGGUAGCCUCAAAAACAGGCUAGCUCCAACAGGAUCCGCUAGCAGAUUGGGUGCAGACCCUGCAUUACCAAUCAGAAACCGGAGGAACCCGGAGGAUGGCGAAGAUAACUCCAGUGAUGAAUCAGGAGGUGAGGAAGUCAUUGUCAGGAUUGAUUCCCUCAGUAAUCUAUCCUUCUGCCAGACAUCUGAAACUUCAAAUGCUCAAAAUAGGUAAAGUAUGACAAGUACUUGCUCCUAAAUGUUUGUGUGUAUUAUAUAUUGUUUACACCUCCAAACACACCUUGUAUAUCCUUCAUAAGAGCAAAAUGCACUUUGCUCUCUCCCUAAACUUGAGAUCAUGAAAUAAGUAUUUCCAAGUACUUUAUCAUGUUUGUUGUUCCCUCA